AUGGGCGCCGGCAAGUCGUCGGUCGGCGUGGCGUUGGCGGUGGCGCUGGAAUGGCGGUUCGUCGACCUCGAUCGGCUGAUCGAGGAGGAACAGGGGCGAACCAUUCCGCGAGAUCUUCGCGGCCGCCGGCGAGCCGGCUUCCGGGCGGCGGAGACGACCGCGCUGCACAGGUUGAGCGGCGCGGAACGGACCGUCCUGGCGGUCGGUGGCGGAGCGCCGGUGCAACGGGCGAAUCGUGCGUUCUUCCGCGACUGGAUGACGUUCUAUCUGGCCGCGCCGCUCGCGGAGCUUGCGGGAGCGGACCGGCAGGCCCGGCGGCCGCCCGCUCCUGGACCUGACCACCGCGCAACUGCGGGCGCUGUACGAGCGGCGCGAGCCGAUAUACCGCAGCCUCGGCAUCCGCAUCGAUACCACCCGCAAACCGGUGGGCGCGAUCGUGGCGGCGAUCCUGCAGCGGCUGCGCUCGGUGCCGUGAUGGGCGACCACCCGGCGUCUGGCAACCUUGCCCGGCGUACGGCCGCGACGCUCGCGUGUGCGGCGGCUGCCGUGCUGUGCGGAUGCGGGCGCCUCCCAUCACGUCACGUGUUCAGACCUUGA